UUGCAGCUAGUAAUUUGGGUCCUGCGCCUGUCGUUUUUCUCAACGUAUUUGACCGAUUCGGCUGUGACCGGGCUGACGUUUGGUGCCGCAAUACACGCUUUGACGGCUCAGAUCAAAGGAUUGCUUGGGAUCCACCUGGAAGGCACCACCGAGGGUUUCCUUCAACUCUUUGAGGAAUGGUUGGCGAUAGCGGAAAGAGUACCGGACACGAACCUCGUUACCUUAGCCAUAUCCAUUUCGACAAUCGUAUUCCUCCUUCUGUAUAAGGAACUCGUCGAACCUCACUUAAGAAGAAAGAGAAUUUCACUUCCAGCCGAACUUCUUGUUGUGAGUGAGAUCCUUGUGAAAAAGGGUUUCGUUUCUAGUCAUAUGACCCAGUUGCCAGCUCCACGGAUACCGCGCUUUGAACGAGUCUUGAUUGAGCGCCUCAUAGUUCCAGCAAUUAGUAUUGCUGUUGUUUCCUAUGCCGUUACUGUAUCCAUGGGAAAACUAUUUGCUCGAAAACACAAGUACCACAUCGACCCAGAUCAGGAAAUGCUGGCCCUUGGAAUCGCUGGAACCAUUUCGUCGUUUUUCUUGGUAUUUCCUACGUCCACUUCACUGUCAAGAAGCCUCGUCAACGAAAGGGCCGGAGCUCGUACGCAGGUUAGAACUAUGCAAGAUCGAUUAUUUGAAUUCAGGUGGGGACCAUCAUGCUCGAAUUCAGCCAUUUGUCUUGGAAGUGACGAUCCAUAA